AUGGAAGCUCACGGUGGAGGUCUCCGCCGCGUCUUGGUGCUAGCCUUCUGCAUCGCCGGAAUCUGGUCGGCGUAUAUAUACCAAGGCAUUCUUCAGGAAACACUGUCAACGAAGCGAUUCGGUCCAGACGGUGAGAGGUUUGAACACCUAGCGGUUUUGAACUUGGCGCAGAACGUAGUCUGUUUAAUCUGGUCAUUUAUAAUGAUAACGAUUUGGGGUGGUGGAAUUUCUGGUGGUGCUCCUUGGUGGUCUUAUUGGAGCGCUGGUAUUACUAACACCAUUGGUCCUGCUAUGGGAAUUGAGGCUUUGAAGUAUAUUAGUUACCCUGCUCAGGUGCUGGCAAAGUCCUCAAAAAUGAUUCCAGUUAUGCUGAUGGGUUCACUCGUAUACGGUAUAAAAUACACCAUUCCAGAAUACCUUUGCACCUUCCUUGUUGCUGGAGGAGUUUCAACAUUUGCACUUCUAAAGACUAGCUCAAAGACUAUCAACAAGCUAGCACAUCCAAAUGCUCCACUUGGAUAUGGGCUAUGUUUCUUGAACCUUGCUUUUGAUGGAUUUACUAAUGCAACCCAGGAUUCCUUAAAAGCUAGGUACCCGAAAACAAGUGCUUGGGGUAUUAUGUUGGGCAUGAAUUUAUGGGGAACCAUAUACAAUAUGAUUUACAUGUUUGCAUGGCCCAGUGCCAGUGGAUAUGAGGCGGUUCACUUUUGCAAACUGCAUCCAGAGGCAGCAUGGGAUAUUUUUCUGUAUUGCUGCUGUGGUGCUGUGGGACAGAAUUUUAUCUUCUUGACCAUUAGCCGGUUUGGCUCUUUGGCUAACACGACCAUCACCACCACUCGCAAAUUCGUUAGCAUUGUCGUAUCUUCACUAUUGAGUGGGAAUCCCCUUUCAACAAAGCAAUGGGGAUGUGUUUCUAUGGUAUUCUCUGGAUUAUCAUACCAGAUCUACCUCAAGUGGCAGAAGUUGAAGAGAUUGCAGAAGAAAAAGAAAGCCACGUGA